AUGUCCAAAUCUGUCGACGGUGAUAGCGUGGAUUACAGUUCAGGUGAUUUCGAAAGUGAAGUUCGGGCUACAGUGUUGUUGGGGCCUGAAGAGAGUCAUAGUGUGAGGGAUGCUGCACUCUCUGUGGAUAUUGUAGUCCAGGAAAGUGAAGAGGAUGGCUUAUCGUUGGAGGGGGAUCCUGUUCUUGAUAGCUCAUGUUCUCUGUCUGUGGUGAGUGAUACUAGUAGUAUAUGUGGUGAUGAUUUUUUAGGUUUUGAGGCAAUUUCUGAGAUAGGAACGACAAAUUUUGUCGAAGUUGAGAAGCCUACGAGUGAUUAUGAAAUCAUAGCAAAGGCAACAGAUCUGUGUGUGGGAGAGCCAACUAUUGGUGAGAUCAUUGUUAAUUCUUUAUCUGUGGCAGAAAGAGCUAGGGGAGAGGUUCCAGAUGGUUCGGGUUCUAAAUCAACAGUUGUUAUUCAGUUGGACGGAACCUCGUGUGAAAGAGUCAGGCGAAGUGUUUUUCAGGUGGAUUAUGUGCCGCUUUGGGGAUUCACAUCUGUGUGUGGGAGGAGACCAGAAAUGGAAGAUGCAGUGGCAACUGUGCCUAGGUUUCUCAAAAUUCCUCUGCAGAUGCUAAUUGAUGCUCGCGUGCUUGAUGGAGAGACACAACGCUUGAGUCAUUUGACCACCCAUUUCUUUGGAGUCUAUGAUGGCCAUGGAGGCUCUCAGGUUGCAAAUUACUGUCGGGAGCGAAUGCAUAUGGCUUUGGCCGAGGAAUUGGAAACAAUUAUGGCCAAUCCGAUUGAUGAAAGUAGUAAAGGUAACUGCCAAGAGCAGUGGAGAAGAGCAUUCAUCAAGUGCUUUCUCAAAGUUGAUGACGAAAUCGGAGGGAAAGCAAGUAUUGAACCAGUCGGUCCGGAAACUGUUGGCUCGACUGCUGUUGUUGCGAUAGUUUGUUCAUCGCACAUUAUAGUAGCUAAUUGUGGCGAUUCAAGGGCAGUCUUGUGCCGUGGGAAAGAACCCAUGGCAUUGUCUGUGGAUCAUAAACCUAAUAGGGAAGAUGAAUAUGCAAGAAUUGAAGCAGCCGGAGGAAAAGUGAUUCAAUGGAAUGGGCAUCGUGUUUUUGGUGUCCUUGCAAUGUCUAGAUCUAUCGGGGACAGAUAUUUGAAACCCUGGAUUAUUCCAGAUCCCGAAGUGGUUUUUAUUCCCCGGACUAGGGAAGACGAAUGCCUCAUUCUGGCUAGCGAUGGUUUAUGGGAUGUCAUGACCAACGAGGAGGUUUGUGAUAUGGCUCGUAAAAGGAUACUUGUCUGGCAUAAAAAUAACAGCAUCAAUCUUCCCGUAGAAAGGGGUGAAGGAAUUGAUCCAGCAGCUCAAGCAGCAGCCGAGUAUCUAUCAAACCGUGCUCUUCAGAAGGGCAGCAAAGACAACAUUUCCGUAGUUGUCGUGGACUUGAAAUCCCAAAGAAAGAUCAAGAGCAGAAGCUAA